ACCGCAACCAAUUGCAGCCGUAUUCCACAAUGCUACUUUCCAAGCUUCUUUUGCUGCCCGUUGCGCUCGCAUCGUCGGUGACGCUCUACGUCUCUUCUGUUCCUGCCUCGGCGUCUGCAGACACGGCCAUUGUCGCCUCCCCCAUCCCACUCGCGCAGAUCGAAUACGAUGCAGACCAAUCCGUCGGCACUCUAGCCUCCUAUACACCACCCACAGGCUCUUACUCGCCUGGUCAUCUUCUACGCGUCGGUCUCACAGACUCUGUGUCCGGCCCGUGGCGCGGUGUCCUCACAUCAGCUGCUAGCUUCUCUGAUCAAUACCACAAGAAGUUUGUCAUCCACGUUGACGACAAGGGCGAGCCAUACCACAUCGGUUUCCGCACAAGGGUCAAGGGCAGUGAGGAAGAGGUGGAAGUUGAGAUUGUGAAGAAGAACGAUGGGCCUAAGCCGGUGCUGAACAAACCUAUCGUGUUGAAUGCGGAUGGAAAGGUUGACGGAAAGGAACCAGAGAAGACAUUCCUACAAAAAUACUGGUGGGCUCUCGCGCUCUUCUUGGUAGUGCAGCUAGUCGCAGGUGGCGGUGGAGAGAAAUAAGUCCAGGCAGUCACAUGUUAUGACUAUCAAGCUUUUAUCCAUGAUACCUUUCCUCAUACAUACGCAAUUCCAAGGUCACACUUUGCUGACGACAUGUUGGAUCUGACCCCCCUGAAAACGCAUUAUCAUUAGCACAGCAGUGUGUGCUUCAACUAUUUGAAGUAAAAGUCAUUAGCUAUGAUACAAUGUGUGUCGUC